AUGGGCGACGAUCUCCGAGUCACGCUCGUAGAGGUGCCUAGGAAGCAAAUCACGCCUUCAACCUACGUUGGUGAGAAGGAAGACUCUUCCUCGCGUAGAAAUGAAUACAUGCCUAUGCCUGUUUCUUAUUCCAUUGCCAAGCGUGACACACUUACCCUUGGCCCUCUGGUCACGAUCCCCGAUGACUUCCUUAAUUGCCCUAGUAAGGGUAGGGGAAAGAAUUCUUGCGUGAUAUACUCAAUAUACGGCACGAAAGUCAGUGACAGCGAUGACUCGAAACGAGAUGUCUCUUCUCUGUUCGUCCGUGACGAUGAUAGUGGUUCUUGUCCUAUCUACCUAUCCCCAGAUAGUGGAAAGUGCUACGAUACAGAUUCGUUCCUUUUCGACCGCGCUUCUGACCCACAAGAGCCUAAAAAGAUAAGUCUCAGCUUCUAUAAUAACAACAAGAAAUUUAUAUAUUUGAGGUAUCCCCGGUGUAACGCAAAGAACGACGGGCCGACGGGUGUGGCGAAGUGGUAUCUUCCCGAGUUUAUGCUAUCCAGCUCACAAGAUAUCAACGACAACAGAAGGUGCUCGGCAAAGACAACAAAGGAGAACUCCGUCAAGGGAGCGAACAAUGUAUACCUCAUUGACGGCAAUAGCAAAUUGCCCGCGAAGGACUUCCGCACGGAGCACGUCUUCGAGGUACAUCUGGUCAAGCAUUUCCUUGAGUGGGUGUGCGGAGGAAAGGAAUCCAAAUAUGGAGGUCUUGGCGAGGUUCCUUUCCCUAAGAAAUGGACACGUCCUGACUCGACUUGGUGCUCGGAGGUGUUUGGAGGUAAGAAGGCUAGGGGAGUCCAACAUACCGCUGAAUUCCUCGGAAAUGGCCAAUCGCUUGACCUGCUCGUUAUGUAUCACGAAAAGCCCAACGGAGUCAAAGAGGUUAUUACCGAAGGAAGGAAGUCUAGCCUCCCUAAGGACGACCCUAGCAACGGUUACAUCGUUGAGCCAAAAGAGAUAGCGGACAAGGUCAUGAUGACUGCUACUGUUUGGAACUAUCUGCAGGAAUUUAGCGACAAGUGGACCAAGCCCAACGAUACCCCCCGGGGCCUCAAACACUGGGGUCUGCGUACCCUAUGGGCCUACUGGAUUGACAACCAUCUGGCCAAGAUUGAGCAGAUUCAGGCGGAUUGGCACAAGACCGCUAAGGACCAGAUCAGUUCCAUAAAAGAUAAGACGGACCCGAAAAAGAUAGACGCUGUCGCGAAGAAGUUCGCAGACACCACCAUGACUACUGGAGACGCAGCAGUGGGAAAAUUCAAGUUCCCAACGUCCAAUGCGGGUAAACCGCUUCCUGGUACUGCGACAAGUGCAUCAAAUGACGAAAGCAAGUACGGAAUGUGGGGAGGCAACCAGCUAGGAAAGCUGGGCCUGUAG